GCAGCGGUGGUCACCAUGGGGAUGGGGAUGCUGACGAAGGCUUGUGAGGCUGAGAAGACAAAUUGCCCUCAUCAUUAUCUCCAGGCUUGUCAAUCAAACAUAUUCCCUUAUUUACCUCGGCGAGGAGAGAGCCCCGGGAGCACACGGAGAGGGAGGGAGCGAGAGGAGAGCUGCUUGCCCCAAACUCCGCACCGGGGAGGGAGCAUUGCCAGCCCUUGGGAUGGCCACCAUCACCUGCAACCGCUUCACCGAGGAGUACCAGCUCUUUGAGGAACUGGGCAAGGGUGCCUUCUCCAUUGUCCGGAGAUGUGUGAAGGUGUUGGCAGGACAAGAGUAUGCGGCCAAAAUCAUCAACACCAAGAAGCUGUCUGCCCGAGACCACCAGAAGCUGGAGCGAGAGGCUCGGAUCUGCCGCCUCCUGAAGCACCCCAACAUCGGUAAGCACACCCUGCGCCACUGCCUGCCCCAUCCCCACCACCCCUAAUGUGGGGCUGUGGGG